UUGAUAACCCGCACGUGCACGAUCAUCUCGGACAUCAAAGAUAUCACCCGCGGUGUUCUGACGCCAAAAGCAAUGAUCAUAGUCAUUUUGACCGAAUUGAGCGAAGACGCAAGUAGUGCCCGUUAUUUCAACUUCGUCGGCAAGAACCUCUCGAAACGAGUCCACAAAAGAGACUACUCCUGCUUUGGAACCAGCCCGUAUGGGGAAAUCCGCAUUCGGUGCCAGCCCAAAACAGCAACGUGUGGAUGGUUGAGCCCAUCGUCGGCAGUAUAUGUGCCAUCCUGCUGGCUCUCACUUGCUUCUGGUUUAUACGGCGACGCAGACGGAAAAAACUCAUCAUCACCAGCAGUCAUCAACAAUGGUGCGGAUGAUAAGUAUGAGAAACCGGAACUGCACGCAGACCAUGUUGCUAGCGGACCUCCCAUAAAGAUGGAAGGCCCUUGUCUUGAAUCCGUACCGGAUAUGAGAGCGAACGAGGUUCCGCGCCAUCAUCAUCUUCUCCCGCACCUUCUGCCACGGGAUCCAGCGAGACAUACGAUUUCUUGUAUCGGGCCUCGAAAAGCAUGCUAUGAAACUGAUCAAUGUGUUACAGAUGAUGCCUAUACUGAGGUUCAAAGUAUCGGAAAGGAUCCUGCGAUAUGCGAAGUCGAUUCAUCAUUUCAAAAAGGCUACAUGAGGUGUAACAGUUGCAUUGAAGCCAAUGCAGACGACGUGAAGGCAGUAUGGGCCUCAACGUACGCGCCGAAGUUUCAACAAUACUUGGACUUCUGCGCAGGUGCACUACCGUCAUCGGCGAUAAUUUCCUGGCUUUCCUACGAACCAUCUAUGUGGAUAACUAGAACUCGCACAGAGCUAAGGGACGUGACGCAACUUGAUGGAAAAGUUGAAUCGGGUACUCUAGUGACAGCUACAGUCACAGAAUUGAGGGAGGAGGCUACAAGCACUGUUGCCACAACCUCCCCUGCUGUGUUGCCGAGCGAAACCGCAGGUCAGAAUGGCUAUGAACGUAUGUAUGAAGGCUCAUAUCUGACUAUGAUAGAACCAAAACCUACCAAGAGUAGUGCCUGGAUUGCCGGGCCUGUGAUCGGUGUUAUCGCUGCAAUCCUGCUCUUUUUGGGAGCCUGGUGGUUCCUGCGCCGGCGCAGAGGUCGAAAGGCCAAGCUCUCAGAAGCACCAGGUAGCAGUGACGAAGUAAGAAAGUAUGGAAAGGCAGAGCUUCACGCCGACGACGCACCAAAGGUGCCUCCUAUGGAACUGGAAGGCUCGUAUCCGACGCCCGUGCCGGAGAUGGAGGUGAAUGAGGUUCCAGCUCAGGAAAUGCUGGUUCCUGAGAAGGACAGACAAAUGAUACCCGGAACGAUACCAUCGCUCUGCUUUCCCGAUUCCCCAUUCAAGAAGUGUUUCAAAGCAUGCGUAGAGUGUGCAGUUACCGCGCCAGAAGACAAAAAGCCUUCUCUGAAUGAUGUCUUUGAAGUUUUCGAGCAAUUUACGGACUACUGCUCGAGGCUCGGAAUCAUAAGCCCAUACCCUCAGUCAAUGUUGACGACCGCGACCCGCGCACAAAUCUUCGUCCUUACGGAACUCGGUGAUACCGUUGGUCACCCCCAGCCUGUGGUAGCCACCGUGGUCGAAGUGAGACCGGAGUUGCUGAGCUCGCAGGCUACAUCGAUAUCCACCUCUCAAUCGGCGCCGUAUGGGUUCAUCGUCGGCGUUGUCCUGGGAGGGACUAGUUUUGUGCUAGUCCUCGCGGUCGGUCUGUGGUCCGCGAGGUGGGGUAGAGAGAAGAAAGUGAGUCCAUUGAACGCAACAGACGACGGCAGAGGGUUUGAAAAACCGCAGCUUCAUUCGGAUUGUUUGCCUCGCCAGCCCGCCAUCGAACUGGAAGGCUCCUACCCAAAAGAGGUCCCUGAGAUAGGCGCAAACGAGAUUGCUGCACAUGAGAUGUUGGACCCGGAUCGCAUAACUCCUCCAUGGCGGUCGGCAAAUCGCCUUCGAUUUGUGAGCCUCAAUCGGAUUUCCAACUUAGCUACGGUCGAUGCAAAAGUUGCACCGAAGCAAACCCCAACGAAACUUCUGGCUCCUUGGCGGUGGAAAGGUUAG